AUCUGCUAUCCCCUUAUGUAAUCUGUGCCCGUGAUAACCUGUUUUCAUAUCACAAAGAGUGCUGUAUAGUGUAUAAGGUCAUCUAUUCGUUGAGAUACAGCGGACAACUUGAGACGUGUCAAAAUGUUUAAAUUUGUUCUUUUAUUUGCCGGCAUUGCGCUAUGCCAAGCCGACCUUCCAGUAACGCCGCCAAAAACACCUUCUGCGACCCCUCCGCCCGUGAAGUGUGGACUAACCCCUACAGAAAUACACAAAUGCCUGGGAAAUCCGAAGCUGGUGACCAGAGAUAUCACCGCGCAAUGCAACUCCAAGGGGCCUAAUGAGUGCGAGCGCCUGAAGUGCAUCUUCAGUAAAUCAGGCUGGAUGAGCGGCGACGCCAUCGACAAGGCCAAAGUCACCGCUCACUUCGAGCAGUUCGUUAAAGACCACCCUGAUUGGGCGCCGGCUGUCAACCAAGUCAAGGCUUCUUGCCUGGCGGGGAGCCUGCCUACACAGGGUGUGUACCUCAACUGCCCAGCGUAUGAUAUCAUCCAUUGCGUGCUGACUGUAUUCUUCAAGAACGCGCAACCCUCCCAAUGGUCAACGACCGCAGAAUGUACCUACGCGCGGCAGUUCGCCGCGGCCUGCCCGAUUUGUCCUGAAGACUGUUUUGCCGCAGCCAUCCCUUAUGGCUCUUGCAAUGCCUGCAGAUUGUUACCCCAGAUUCCCCAAACUCCAUAACCUUUUGACUUAAUUACGUUUUGUCAUAACUACACUAAUAAAACAAUUUGCCGAACUCUUGGAGUAAUUCAAAAAAUAACUAAACUUAAGUAAUAAAUAAAUAAAUUUUGAUCAAAUCCUACAAACUCAUUUUGUUAUUAAAAAAUCAUUCGAUCGACAAGAUCGUUCGCAA